AUGCGUGUGGUAGUGAUCGGAGCGGGCGUCAUCGGGCUGUCCACCGCCCUCUGCAUCCAUGAGCGCUACCACUCCGUCCUGCAGUCGCUGGAUGUGAAGGUCUACGCAGAACGCUUCACUCCGCUCACCAACACUGAUGUGGCUGCCGGCCUCUGGCAGCCCUACCUCUCCGAGCCCAGCAACCCACAGGAGGCGCACUGGAACCAGCAGACCUUCAACUAUCUCCUGAGCCACAUCGGUUCUCCCAACGCUGCAGACAUGGGCCUGGCCCCAAUCUCAGGCUACAACCUCUUCCGUGAAGCCGUUCCGGACCCUUACUGGAAGGAUGUAGUUCUGGGAUUUCGGAAGCUGACUCCGAGAGAGCUGGACAUGUUUCCUGAUUACAGCUAUGGCUGGUUCAACACAAGCCUGAUUCUGGAGGGAAGGAAGUAUCUGCAGUGGCUGACGGAAAGGUUAACUGAGAGAGGAGUGAAAUUCCUCCUAAGGAAGGUGGAGUCUUUUGAGGAGGUGGCAAGAGGAGGCGCUGAUGUGAUUAUCAACUGCACUGGGGUAUGGGCUGGGGCUUUGCAACCAGAUCCCCUGCUGCAGCCAGGCCGGGGGCAGAUCAUUAAGGUGGAUGCCCCAUGGAUGAAGCACUUCAUUCUUUCCCAUGACCCAGAGAGAGGCAUCUAUAAGUCCCCAUACAUCAUCCCAGGGAUCCAGGCAGUGACUCUUGGAGGCAUCUUCCAGCUGGGGAACUGGAGUGAGACAAACAAUAUCCAGGACCACAACACCAUUUGGGAAGGCUGCUGCAGACUGGAGCCCACACUGAAGGAUGCAAAAAUUGUUAGUGAAUGCACUGGCUUCCGGCCAGUACGCCCCCAGGUUCGACUAGAAAGAGAACAGCUUCAUGUUGGAUCUUCAAACACAGAGGUCAUCCACAACUAUGGCCACGGAGGCUAUGGGCUCACCAUCCACUGGGGCUGUGCCCUGGAGGUGGCCAAGAUCUUUGGGAAAAUCCUGGAAGAAAGGAAUUUGCUGAGGAUGCCACCAUCCCACCUCUGA